GUCUGGCUGCAGCCGAGAGAGAGUCUGAAGGAUGAAGUUUGCCGUUGUGCUCCUGAGCCUCCUGUCUGUGGGCCGCGCGGCUCCUCUGCCGGGCUGCCAGACUCUGCUCACGCCCGUCUCAGUGCAGAAGGAGCAGAUGUUGGGUCGCCUGCACUACAUCGGCGGGAGCUCGGACCUGCCCGGCAGCCGGUCUCUGGCCCACCUGAUGACCGACGUGAGGCUGGACAUCAGCGCCACCAGCCAGAGCCACGUGCUGGACUUUGUCCAGACUCAGAAAAUAUAUGGCGACUGCUCAAGUUUAGUGUACAACGUGACUUUUGAAAACAGUACUUUGCUCAUUGAGCGGCCAUUCUACCUGAAGGAAGUCUACCUGCCGACAGACUGCCCCGACUGUCUGGUGGCGUAUGAAGAAGUCACGUCCGCAGGACAAACCUUCACCAGCCUGAUGCUCUUCAGCAAGAGUCAGAGUGUCUCGCCAGCAGACGAAGACAACCUCAGGAGACAAGCAGAGUGUCUGCAGAUGCCAAAACCGAUUUUCAUGAUCCCAGACUACGAAGGCUGUCCUGACAGCACCCCACGCUCCGAGGGGAUCAGCGCCUUAAACUCGCUGCUGGAGAACAGGAUGGGACACCGCGUGGCCCGAGUCCUCGAUCGAAUCUUCGACUGGUUGGUCAACUGAAGACCAACUGAUAAAGUACUGCAGCACCUACAUAGAAUUUUGACAAUAAAAUAGCUGCUUCACUUUAAAGAUCUAGAGCUAGUGCGCAACAUUUCAGCAGCACAAAAAAGAGGUCAAUGCUGUGUGUUUCAUCGAAUCAUCCCUUAUUACUGUACAAUUCCAAGGAGGAGUCCACAUGAGGGCAACACUCCAUAACGUCUGGUUGCUCACCAUUUGGUAGCAAGCGUUUCUCCGAUCAGGAGCUUUGGCAUAGCUCCAGAUGUUGAGUCACUCCCCUGGGCUCAGGACUUAUUUCUUCCAAGAUUGUUUUGGAUGUGUGCGUGACAUUGCUGGAGAACCCCUGAUCUUUGACUCAAACCAAGGGACUUCCACUGAGCAACACGCUUCUCUCUAAAGUCCUUGCUAGCAGAUGCAGCAAAAGAGCACCACACCAUUGUCUGUCCAGCGAUGUUCCUCAUGGUUCCAUGCUUCCCAGACAUCUCAGUAGCAUGGUGCACUGUUGAAACAGGGAUUCCAAGGUCAUCUGUCUGCACACGCCUGUCCGUCUUCACCAUAAGAAAGAGGGAUAUGUGGCAUCAUGCACUGGGGACUGGAACAAAUGCCGAGCUGCUCGCUCACUUUCUUCUGAAUCUGGGGUCCUACUUUUGCUCAGAUCCUUCUCUGCUGUCCCCUGAUGUGGGUUAGUGCGACUCCCCUUUGUCAAAAAAAUAGUGGAGUCUAUUUUAAAUUCAACAGCCCCUGGGUGGACGGGACGGGGCAGUGUUGGCUGGUCAGUAGAGGGCGCCAUGGUGCCGCCCCACCACCUACCAAGGUAUGUUGCAGACAUUAGAAAAGGAUGUUUAAAAGUGAAAACAAUAUUGUGAACAAUAUGAUCAUACUUUUAAUUGAGCAAGAUAGAUGUUAUAUAGACGACACAUUGACUGUUACCGUUGACUGUCAUCAAUGCUCUGGUUCAGCGUUCAAGGUUCAGAAUCCCUGAUGUCGAAUUCCCUCCUGAGAAAGCGCAGAUCCUAGCUUUCUGUAACUGAGUAUGUUAAAUGGUUAUAGAUUAUUAACAUAACAAUGUUUGUUUUUGCUCUUUUUAACAACAGUUUUGUCGUGUGUCAGACUGCUAUUUGAAUGGCAGCAUUGCCCAA